AUGGAUUCCUCCACAUCUGCAACUCAACGAGCAUUCGCAGUAACCGACAUCCUCACCAAGAUUCUCUCAUAUCUAGACAACCCAUCUCUCUUUGCCACCUUAUUGACAAGUAAGACGUUCUUCGAAGCAUCCACUCCGAUAUUGUACCAAACUAUUACGAUCAAAGCCAUAAGAGGCCCGCAAAACCCGUUAUAUCGAUAUCCGCACCACCUUAAGAAGAAGAUAAUCGCUAAUCGAUGGACCAAGAACAAUUUGGUAAAUUUGAUCAAAAGAGUCGAUUUAUACGUUCACAGACAAUCUCAAUGUCCUUAUACAGUCAACAACACACGGUAUAACAAUAAUCCACUGUACAAGAAUCCAUUACCAUUACCUAAUUUGAAGAUAUUACAUUUAGUAGGUGGACACCAACAGUCCGUCGAUAAAGAGGAAGAUCGUUAUUGUGAUCAGUCCACUUGUCCAUUCGUAUUGAAACAAUGCAUGUUUACUGAGAAAGUCAUUAUUAGACAAUUGGAUUUUAGACCUUUGAAGAGGAUGGAUGAUUUACAGCAAGUGAUAUUGAAGAUACGUCCAUGUCAAUUACCUCGCUCGAUAGAUAAUCCAUUUGAUACCACACUUAUAUCAUCCUUACCGUCUAGUGUGAGACAUUUGAAGAUAGUAUGGUGGGACGAAAGCAUUCAUUUAAAGUGGAUUGGCUGGAAGAUAAACCUUCUCAAUAUAUGGAUUACCGACGUGGUACGACCAAACAUGGAAUGA